CAGAACCAUAGGUAUUUCCUGCGACGUCACUGCAUCUGGACUCCAUUAACGAGUUUGGGGUGCUUUGGAUAGAAACAACAACAAAACAGAGGGAGACGAGGCAAGCGCUCAGAGGUUGCAGUGGGGUUGCGUGAGCGGAGUCCAGGGUCUGACACUGGUCUUCCAGCCCCCGACUUAACUGCUUUCAACCACCGACACUAUCUGCUAGGUAGCUAACUCUGGCCUCUGCUCCCCCCUCCUCCUCCGACUCGGACACAGGUGGAGCCUUGCCGCCACCGCGGAAGAAACAACGAGUCUCGGUGGCGGAGGGAGCAGGAGAGCCCGGUGCUUCAGUGACAGCGGGCCUCUCUGCUGUUGUUGGGGAACAUUCAACUUUUGCGCACCCUCUUUCAGCGCCUGUCGCCAACUUCUUUAACAGAAACCCCGUUACUAAUAUAAACAGCGAUAGCAUGCAGGCCAACGGGGGAGGACAAGGACAAAAUCAGGAGCUGUCCUGUUUAAAUAACGCACAAAACGGAGAGUCGUCGUCUACCGGAGCAGCGCACUCCAAUGGGCUGAUUUCCAGUGCUAACAACGGUAGUACUGUCAGUACCAAUAACGGGAUUGCGGUCGGGACAACCUCAGUAUCCGCAACUACUUCUACUGCCGCGGGUUCUGGCUCGGAUGUCGGGUCUACCUUGAAAAAGAAAAAGCGUCUUUCUCAGUCAGAAGAAGAUGUCAUCAGACUGAUUGGACAACAUCUACGUGGGUUAGGACUUAAUCAGACGGUGGACCUGUUGAUGCAGGAGUCUGGCUGCAGACUGGAACAUGCAGCUGCAACCAAGUUCCGCAACCAUGUAAUGGAGGGAGAGUGGGACAAGGCUGAAAGUGACCUGAAUGAGCUCAAAGCACUGAUGCACUCUCCCAGUGCCAUUGUGAAGAUGAAGUUCCUGUUGCUGCAGCAGAAGUAUCUGGAGUUCCUGGAGGACGGGAAGGUGUUGGAGGCGCUGCAGGUCCUGAGAGGGGAGCUCACGCCACUCAAGUACAACACAGAGCGCAUUCACGUCCUGAGCGGGUAUCUGAUGUGCAGCCAUGCAGAGGACCUGCGUGCCAAAGCGGAGUGGGAGGGCAAAGGGGUCAGCUCCCGCUGCAGACUGCUGGACAAGCUGCAGACGUACCUGCCCCCCUCCGUCAUGCUGCCACCCCGCAGGCUGCACACUCUGCUCAGGCAGGCUGUGGAGCUGCAGAGAGACCGCUGCCUCUACCACAACACCAAGCUGGACAGCAGCCUGGACUCGGUGUCCCUGCUCCUGGACCACGCCUGCAGCCGGUACAGCCUGCCCCAGCCAAAACAGUUCCCCUGUUACACUCAGCAGAUCCUGACGGAGCACUGCAACGAGGUUUGGUUCUGCAAGUUCUCCAACGACGGCACGAAGCUGGCCACGGGAUCCAAAGACACUACCGUCAUAAUCUGGCUGGUGGACCCGGAGACGCACCAGCUGAAGCUGCUGAGGACCCUGGAGGGACACGCGUAUGGAGUCUCCUACCUGGCCUGGAGCCCUGAUGACUCCUACCUGAUCGCCUGCGGCCCGGAUGACUGCUCAGAGCUGUGGCUCUGGAACAUACAGACGGGGGAACUGCGGACGAAGAUGAGCCAGUCACACGAGGACAGCCUGACCAGUGUGGCCUGGAACCCGGACGGCAAGCGCUUUGUUACUGGAGGCCAGAGAGGCCAGUUCUACCAGUGUGACCUGGACGGGAACCUGCUGGACUCCUGGGAGGGCGUGCGGGUGCAGUGUCUGUGGUGCCUGAGCGACGGGAGGACGGUGCUGGCCUCCGACACACACCAGCGUAUCCGUGGAUACAACUUUGAGGAUCUGACGGACAGGAACAUAGUACAGGAGGACCAUCCCAUAAUGUCUUUCACCGUGUCUGAAAAUGGAAGAUUAGCUCUGUUAAAUGUCGCCACUCAGGGAGUGCAUCUAUGGGACCUGCAGGACCGGGUGCUGGUGAGGAAGUACCAGGGUGUGACCCAGGGCUUCUACACCAUUCACUCCUGCUUCGGAGGCCAUAAUGAGGACUUCAUCGCCAGCGGGAGCGAAGAUCACAAAGUGUACAUCUGGCACAAGCGCAGCGAGCUGCCCAUCGCCGAGCUGACCGGACACACGCGCACCGUCAACUGCGUGAGCUGGAACCCCGCCCUGCCCGGCCUCAUGGCCAGCGCCUCGGACGACGGCACGGUCCGCGUGUGGGGCCCCGCCCCCUUCCUGGACGUGGACGCAGAGGGUCUGAACGAGAACAGCUGCUGCACCAUGGACAGUUGAUGGUCACCACAGAGAGGGAAAAAAACUGCUCUCAGUCGAUGGGUACCGCAGAGAGGGAAAAACUGCUCUCAAAUGAAUCAAAUUCAGAUAUGAAGAGAUGAAAAGGAGGUGAAGGAAGGAAGGUUUCAUUUUUGAAGCGGGCUGCAUAUAUGCGCCCAGCCACGGCGAGCGUCAUGGCGGAAUGUGGACUAAUCAUUGGAACUGAACCGUCAGGAGGCCUGCCCACGACCUCCUGACCUCUGACCCCUGACCCGGACACGUGACCGGCUGCACUCCCUGUCUCAUACCCCCCACUGCCUGAAGAAACUCGGCCCCCUCCGCCCCACUGAGUGUGACUCACCCCCAUACCCCCUUCCAGCCAUCCCCCCUCCACACGCACACACACUGACACUGACACACACACAUGCACACACAGACACAGAAACACACACACACAAAGGCACAGACACACACACAUGGACACACAGACACAGGAACACACACACACACACACACAAAGGCACAGACACAUACACAUGCACACACAGACACAGAAACACACACACACACACACUGACACACACACAUGCACACGCAGACACAGAAACACACACACACACAAAGGCACAGACACAUACACAUGCACACACAGACACAGAAACACACACACACACACAAAGGCACAGACACAUACACAUGCACACACAGACACAGAAACACACACGCACACACACAAACCAGGGGACACCAGAGUGAGAUAUCAAGUUUAUUUAUUUCAUCUUCUGCUCUUUCCUGCACUUUGGGGAUUAUCAUCCAAGACCCCUCAAAAACAGAUGCUUGUUUGAAUUUUUUAUAGUUAUAUUAUAUUGUUAUAAUUUAUCAGUUGAAUAGAGAGACUUGAAUAAUGGAAAUGGUGUGUUUUAUUGCAAAGUUUUCUGGAAAUCUCACUUUCUCCCUUUGUUUCUCUGUUAAAACCACACUCACACAGUUAAUGGAUGGUCACACUGAAUUAUAGAGAAUUUUAAUCAGAAUGAUUUGCAGGGAUUUUAACAGAAUCUGACUUAUUUAACCAGGGAACAGAACUACACUCAAUGACUUUUUUUCUUUUUAGUUUUAUAUUCAUCUUUAAUACUGCAUUUCAUCCCCAUCCCCCUUCCUUUUUUUUCUAUUUCCUUGACCUCCGUGAAUAUGUUUUAAAAAAAUCAGAUUCUUGCCCAUGUGACCGGAGAAGGCGCCACAGACUGGGGGACGUGGUUCAUUUGUGUGUGUGUGUGUCUGUGCAUGCUGGGGGGGGUGUGGGGGUGGGGGUGGCAGGGGUUAAUAUGGGAGCUUUUUCCCUCUUGCACUUUCUGUCACAUUAACCCCGGGUGAUGGCAUGCUGAUGAGGGACGUAUUCACCAGGAGUGCUAACACGGAGCCCAACAACCACAACUCAGCACUGGAACCCCGUAAGUCCUGCUUUCCUCUCUCCUGCCACCCUCUUCUGCUCCUGCCUUUUUUUCUCUCUCCCUCCUGCUCUCUCCUCAUCUUCCCUUCCUCUCUUUCCCUUUUUACUCUUCCUCUGUCCCCUUUUUUCUCAGAUUCCCUCCAGUAGACGGGCAUUAACGCUGUUUUUGCUUUGCAAAUACCUUUGCGGUGGACUAUUUACCUUUAACUGCUUUUCACCCUGUGUUUUAUGGAUUUUUUUGUUACUAAUUUCUGUUGUGUCAUUUCUUUCCCGUUAUAUUAAAAUAUACCUUGCCUGUGGGUCCCUAUAAUUUAUACUUUUGUGCAUCUCUUUAACUUUUGCACCGUUUCUAAAUGUAUAACUGUAUACUUACACUUGAGAUGUUAUUAGGAGUGCUGGUAGGAUUGCAUUACGGCCCAUUUGGCCAUUAACUGAAACAGUGAAGUAAGACUUUUGCCUGAUUUGGUGUGCUGUAUAUUAAUAUGCUGUUUGAUUAUGGUAUAUAUUAUAAUAUACGCCAACUAAGUCACAGGCUACUUGCUCUGAAUACAGCGUCUCGCCUGCAUCAGGUGAGCCUCCAGUUUUUAUCUCAUACCACAGUGAAGCAGUAACACACAAACACACACCUCUCCAACUUAGAGAAGCAUAGAGGUGCUCAAACUUCUUAUGCAAGUUCAUUUUUUUGGUUUUCUAUUUUUUCUGUUUUCAAAGCUUGUAUCUUUUUAGUGACCUCGCUGUAAAGCCUUUGCCAGGUGAGAUGUCUCUGGGUAUGACUUUUGUUUUGUUUUGGGUGGAGCAAUUGGUUCCGAGGACGUAUUUGCAUUUAAAUGUGUUACUACAAAAGUGAUUGUAUUGUUAUGUUAUGUGUUGGAGAAGUGUUAUGUAUGCAUAUUUUCAAUAAAGCAUUCAGGGUUUUAAAAAAAGGAAA